AUGACGGAAGAAAUUACCAAAAAAACUGAAGAAAUCCAACUCUCUGAAACAGAGCAGAAGAUCACCCCAUGGGAAGUCGAAGGUGCUGUCGUCGACGGUCGGGCAGUCGGUAUCGACUAUGAUAAACUCAUCACCCAGUUUGGUACCAAAAAAAUCAGCGAAGAGCUUUUAAACCGUUUUCGUGCCGUUACCGGCCAUGAGCCUCACCAUUUCAUGAGAAAAGGACUGUUCUUUUCGGAAAGAGACUUUAAUCGUAUCCUUGAUCUCUAUGAACAUGGUGAACAGUUUUUCCUCUAUACUGGACGCGGUCCCUCCUCCGACUCGAUGCACUUGGGUCACAUGAUUCCCUUCCUCUUCACAAAGUGGUUGCAGGAAGUCUUUGAUGUCCCUCUCGUGAUUGAGCUCACCGAUGAUGAGAAGUUCUUGUUCAAGCAAAAGUUGACCAUCGAAAACGUGAAAGAUUUCGCCAAGGAAAAUGCCAAAGAUAUCAUCGCAGUUGGUUUCAAGCCUGAAAAUACUUUUAUUUUCUCAGAUUUGGAAUAUAUGAACCCAGCCUUUUACGAGAAUGUCGUCCGUGUCUCUAGACAAAUCACCACUUCCACUGCUCGUGCGGUCUUUGGGUUCCAAGAUUCAGACUGUAUUGGUAAGUUGCACUUUGCAUCCGUUCAAAUUGCAACUGCAUUCCCUUCAUCUUUCCCAGCCGUUCUGGGUUUGCCUCCAAAAACCCCAUGUCUUAUUCCUUGCGCUAUAGAUCAAGACCCUUAUUUCCGUGUCUGCCGUGACGUUGCCGAUAAGUUGAGGUUCAGCAAGCCUUCUUUGAUACAUUCCCGUUUCUUCCCAGCUUUGCAAGGCUCGACAACAAAAAUGUCUGCAUCUGAUGAAAACACGGCCAUUUUCAUGACCGACACGGCCAAACAAGUGCAAAAGAAAAUCAACAAAUACGCAUUCUCCGGAGGUCAAGUCACUUCUGAAGACCAUCGUAGACUGGGUGGUAACCCAGAUGUCGAUGUUGCAUUCCAAUAUUUAUCUUUCUUCAAAGAUGACGAUAAAUUGUUAGAAGAAACUUAUAACUCUUACAAAAAGGGAGACCUCUUGAGUGGCGAAAUGAAGAAGCUUUGUAUUGAGACUUUGCAGGAUUUCGUGAAGACCUUCCAGGAAAACCGUUCUAAGGUCGAUAAAGCCACUCUUGAUAGCUUCAUGAAGCCUCAUCAAUUAGUUUGGGGCCAAAAGGAGAGACUUGUUCCUGCAAAGCCAAGAGAGAAAAAACAGCCAGCAAAGAACUGA